UCCAACAUGGCAGCCAGGGUAAGUGUGGGUGACGAAGUCAUACCUUCGCCAACUUCGAUUCCGAAUCACAUUCCGCCAGCCAAACAUUCGACAAAAAGAUCGGCAAGCGCAGAAAGCAACGUGCAGAAGAUGUUUAUUGAGCCGUCACUGAGGGGGAUGGCAGAAGGCUUGGCUGAAGUCAUGCAACAGAUGGAAGCCCACAGCAGGAAGCUGGACAAAGAUACAGAGAGGAAAGUGGCAUUAUUUAAGGCUCCUGAGUUUAGCAGGAACAUUUCUGAACCAAUGGCAGACAGUGGACAGAAGAUUGAUGAAAUUGUUCGCAAGUUGGAGACCAUCAUUGCUCAGUCAGAUCUGGACAGCAAGUUUGCUUUGACACCAACUCCCUUUUUAGACAAAGCAGCCCAAGUGGCGAUGCUGGGCCAGAGUAUUUCCGCCUACUGUAAUACUAUGGACCCUGCCCACCUCCGGAAACUGACGACCCGCAUCAUCUCCGACACGACGCUGUGGCUGUCCAGGAUAUUCCGGUUUGACGAUUCCUCAGCAUUUUUCCACUCUGAUAGUCGGGAUGGGCUGUUACGAGUCUGUCGGUUGGCCCUCAGCAGUAAGUAUGACAAGUAUGGCACAGAUGGGUUCAACGCACUGUACACCAAGCCUCCUAUCAUCUACAUCAGCGCAUCGGCCAGGCCAGGCCUGGGGCAGUACAUAUGUACUCAGUUGGGGCUUCCACUGUCGAGUUUAUGCACUGUUCCGUGCAAUACCGUCUUUGGGUCACAGCAUACGAUGGAUAUAGCCACCUUGGAACGACUGAUCAAAGAUGACGAGGGUUCAUCCAAGGUCCCCCUCAUGGUGGUUGCCAAUGCCGGCACCCCCCUAGCGGGGCACACAGACAACCUUAACCGCCUCAGAACCAUCUGUGAUGAGUACGGGGUGUGGCUGCAUGUGGAAGGGCACAAUCUAGCAACCCUAGCUUUGGGGACAGUUCCAACCUCAAUCUUGGCAGCUAAGAGAGUCAACAGCUUGACCCUGCAGCCAGGUGUAUGGCUAGGCCUACCUGGUGUGACAUCAGUUACAUUGUACAAGACUGCUGAUCCUGCAAUGAGUCUAGCUGCAGGUGCCGGCCCCACCCCACUCCAUGAUCGCCUCAGUGCCUUACCCCUCUGGCUCAGCUUACAAAGUCUGGGUCACAGUGGUGUUGUGGCCAAACUCAAGAGUGCUACGGAGCUAAGUCAACACAUGCAGCAACGACUCAACUCACUAGGAUCUAUCAAUUUAUCACCUGGGAAAAGUACCAACCAAAUCACAAUGGAAGGCUCCCUGAAGGAAAUUUUCACGAGGACAAUACAAGUACUUGCCCAAGCUGAUGUUGUCUCAACCGUGGUGGUAUUCAAGUACGGUGACCGACAGGAGGGUCCAGAUCCAGAUGUUGGAUCAUACACUGAUGGUGCAGAGGACCGGCCAGUCAGUAGUCUACCAGGUCCACUCCUAGAUGCCUUUAAUUCAUGGCUUGGAGGUGAGCUGAACAGACAGAAUUUGCGAGUAGCAGUGGAUGUCGUCAACUUGGAUAAAGACGGCGUCUGUUUGCGGUUCAGCCCUCUGCAGUCAGCAUCAUACAGAGGAACAACUGCUGAUGACAUCGACAAUUUUAUGGAGUGUCUCAAAAUUCUCAUUGAACACUUGAACUUCACCUGCGAGCAUCGGCUGGAGUUCCAGGAAGCUGUGGAGUCCAGGGAGAAUCUUCUCUUUGUGGACAUGGUCUCACACGGUGGCCUAGGUGUUGUGCAGUUCAUCCCAGAGUAUGUGGUGGCCAGUAAGAACAAGGAGACAGCAGCCAAGGAGUUGGACAAGAUCAACACGGAGAUUGUCCAGCGGCUGCAAGCAGGGGAGAAUGGUAGCUGCAUCUGUGAGGUGCGGACGUCAGCAGGCACAAUAGCUGUCGGCGUAGGGAUCGUCACUGAGGGGAUCAGUAUCGACGAUGUGGUAGAUGUAGUCUGGUCCACUGGCAAGGAACUAGAAGACUCCUCCAAGUUCCUGGAGUCAAUGGCAGAUGUUGUACUGAAAGGUAUCCAAGAUGCACAGAAAGAGCUGGAGAAAGAAAAUGAGAACAGACUCAUGGAAGAGGGUGUGUUUCGGCAAGUGCCCAUUGUCUCCUCACUCUUGAACUGGUUCUCCCCGCCUCCCAAGGAGGCAACCAUCAAAGGGAGAUCCCUCAAUCUGACCUCAGGUGCUCUGGAGAGCACAGAGACAACCUACAAGCUCCACAUGCAGGUGCAGAAGGACGGUGGGGCCACCCCCACCAAGAAGACGGCACCCCGCAAGGCCCCCUCGACGCCGUCUACACCCCUGACGCCUAACUCCAUCCAGGGCUCGUCCCACUUUGGCGGCGGGACUCCCGAGGAAGGGGGUUCUGUCCAAGGGGGAGGGGAGGGGGAGGAGGAAGCCCCACGGCGGGUGCAGAAGAGGGACCUGGAGGAGGCACAGCCCCAGCCAGGAAUGGACGGGAGCAACAGCAGCUCAGCAACCACCACGAGUAACAGUAGCUUUCAAGAAGUCUCCCAUGCAGACGUCAGUGAGAAUGAAGGCACCGAAGACCUGAAAUAAGAAUGGACAAUCUUCCCCAGACUUUGCCAAGCACGAUGUGAAUAUUGGAGGUCAUUGGACUGAGCAUUGGAAUAGGCACCCAACUAUUUUCAUACUUUCAAGAGAUUCUCAGAAUAUUUGCAGUGCCCUAUUAUGUUGGGUUCAUAGAUGCUGCAAGUGUUCUCAUUCAUGUACAGCAUAAAGGCUUUUUUGUGCUUUUUUUUCUAGAAUUUGGACAUACCCGCUAUUAUAAGCAUACUGUGUAUUGUAAAUUUUGAAUGUUAUAUUUUCUAGUAUCUUUCUGUUACUUGUAAGAUGUUGUCUUGCUAGAUGUAAAGCUAGGGCCAGGAUGAAUUGAGCUGCAAGGCAGAAUAUUGAUCAGUUAAUGAUUUGCAUUUUAACAAAGCUGUGCGUUGCAAAGUCUUUAGCUGGAACAUUUGUUUUUUGCUUAGCAACAGAUUCUCUUCCACACAAACCUACCUUGAAGCUCCAUUUAUGCAUUAAAUGAGACUUGUUUGAACUUUCGUUAGAGUUUACAAGUGCAUGGAUAUCGUUUUCAGUAUGUGGAAUUCCCCGGGGUAGGACCAAGCAUAACAUUCCAUAACCCAGCUAAAGUGGAACUGUAAAAUGUGUUUUAUAAUAUGAUGUUGAUACCUGUGUCAAACCUCGUUAGUAAGAGCCAUGUUAAUACAAGAUUCUGCUAUAUAACAAGGAAAAUUGUUGGUCUUAAUCCUUUGUUUGUUACUGUUUUCAUUCCUGAUAAUGCAAGGUGCCUGUUCUAACAAGGUAAUUUAAGUAAGUCCGAAGGACCUCUUAAAGAGGUUCGACUGUAAUUGGUUUCCCUUUUCCGUAAUAAGUCCUCCGUUUUGUGGAUUCGGGACUCUUUAUAAUUUGUGAUAGGUUUUGAGGUUAUCAGUGAUUUAAACUUCAAAAUUAAUUUUAAAAAAUUAUAAAUCAAUGAUACCAGUAUUCCAAAAAUGAAAAGAUGUAGAAAAAUACAGAAGCUGUAGACCAUUCAUUUUUAAGUUGAGUUUGCAAGCUACUUAUUGUCUAGAAGCAUCACUGUUAGACAGUGAAAUUACGUGCUGUGCAGAGAAUUGUCCAAAUUUUACUUUCACUACUUGAUAGUUGCAGAGUGGGAACUUGUACAGGUGUUUUUCAUCUUAUGGGUAAUGUACAUUAAGUUGCUGAAGAUGGUAAAAGAAGUUAAAGUGGAAUUCAUUGAGAUAACUAAAUAUAUUUAUUCUGCAUUUCUUUGUAUUAAAGCAAGAGUGUAAAGUUUGGUAGAGCCUUGAAAAAUCUUUCAGUUUAUUUUGGUGAGGGGUUCUGCCGUAGAAAGGUGUCGUUUGUUGGAGAAAUGCAAAAAAAAAAAGAAUGUGUAUGACUUAUGUUUUGUUUUAAAAGUAACACAUUCAGCCUUUUAAAAAAAUCUAAUUAAUUGGGACUUACCCUAGUGAAGAGUAAUUUUUUUUGCCAUUAUGUUAGAUGCUGUGAUAGCUCCAUGCUUCGGUUACCUCACUUCUCUUUUAAAUACCACUUGAAUAAGUACAUUCUGAGGUUUGAUUUCAUUACUAGAUUUAAGAAUAAUUUGAGAAAAGCUGUUCUGAGGACGGAUUCCACUGUUUUGGCCAACAGGGAGUAGUUCUUCUCCCUAGGUUUAGUACAGUAUUUUUCCUUGUUGACUUUGCUGCAGACAGGUUUUCCUGGAAUAUUUUAGUGAGAAGAUCGGCAGUAAGAAUUGCUUUGUUCUCUGCUUGCUGCCUACCACAGAUGACCUGUGAUCAAUUCUGGCCAGGGUCAGAACUACUGUUCAGUUAUCUGUUCAGCAUUCUAAAUUAGAAAUGCUUCUUUUCAACUCAAAUAGGGGACAUUUACUUAUCCACCUAUUCGGAUAAAAGCAGACCGUUUUUUUCCUCAUUCUGUUUAAAGGGAUAAGGAAUGUGAGAGGCUCUUGAUUUGGAUGAAAAUAAUCCCUUUUCGUUAUGUCGUUUCUGACUUAAGAAACUUUCUUUGCAAUCUGAUGUAUAAGUUAUUAAGCAAUCAAUGAUGAGAUCUGCUUUUAAAGGUGAUGGAAAAUGCCCACGAAAUAUUUUGUGAUGUAGUAGUAAACGUUGAGGAGUCAUACCUGUGUUCAGAAGUUAUACAUGUAUACAUCACAUGAGAUUCUUUUAAUCUUUAAAUACGCUUUUAUUUCUUAAAUAAUUUUUAGUAUUUUAUUUUUAAUUGGUGACAACUGUACCGUAAAGGUGUGGGAAAAAAAAGUUUCAUCACAGUCCUAGUCACAGCCAUGGCUAUUGUUGGCUGUAUCUUCUGCCACACAGGGUUUCUAUAAUAGUAAUAACAGAUAAUACCAUGAAAAUAUGUAAGCUCUGAAAGAAAUUAGCGUUCAUGAAGGGGUCAUAGGUCAGUAAUGUCUCCCAAGAUGCAGUCAGUUACUUAAAAUGUUAUUGAAGGUGAGAGUGGUUAGAGAGAUGUAUUGGUCAUGUCACAUGGAUGCACUUGCUGCACUUGAGAAUAAAUUAAAUACUGAAAGGUGGCAUUGGGUUUACAGUGUCUGCAUUGGGUACACCAAUGACAUGGCUAGAAGCUAAAAUGUUUAAUAACAGAUGUAGAUAAUGCAACAAAAUUUACAAUUACUUUGUGAGAAUUUCGCAAAAAUAUGCUGCAUUCACCUAACACUCUCAUAACUCAAAUGUCGUAUGUAAAAACUGAUAAUGUGUAAUCAAAACAGUGAAGAAUUAAAUUGGCUUAAAGAAUAUUAUUUAUA